UUUAAGAAGAAAAUGGCUUCUUUAACUAAGCUUUUCUCUCUCACUCUUCUCUUUCUAGGAAUCAUUGCACUAAGCAAUGCCCAAAGCCUCUCUCUCAAAUACUACAGCAAGACAUGCCCAAAUGUUGAAUACAUUGUCAAGAAAGAAACAAAUAAGAUUAUAGCUGUUGCCCCAACUCUUGCAGCUCCCCUCCUCCGGAUGCAUUUCCACGAUUGCUUUGUUAGGGGUUGCGAUGGUUCGGUGUUGAUAAACUCAACAUCAAACAAUCAAGCUGAGAAAGAUGGAUUUCCCAACCUUUCUCUAAGAGGCUAUGGAUCUAUUGAUAGAGUGAAAACUGCUGUGGAGAAGGAGUGCCCUGGGGUCGUUUCUUGUGCCGAUAUCUUGGCUCUUGUGGCCCGUGAUGCUACUCUGGCCCUUCACGGACCUUUCUGGCCCGUGCCAUUGGGAAGAAGGGACGGGAGAGUGUCGAUCGCCAACGAGACUUUGGCUAACCUUCCACCCCCUUUCUUCAACAUCACCCAAUUGAAAGCAAAUUUUGCCUCCAAGAACUUGACCGCAAAGGAUCUUGUUGUCUUGUCAGGAAGCCACACCAUCGGAACAUCGCACUGCUCUAGCUUCGCCAACCGCCUCUACAACUUCACCGGCCAAGGCGACAGCGACCCCUCAUUGGACCCCAACUACGCGGCCCGCCUGAGGACCCGGUGCUCCCCGACCGACCAGACAACCCUAGUCGAGAUGGACCCGGGCAGCUUCAAGACGUUCGACGAAGACUACUACACCCUCGUAGCCAAGAGAAGAGGCCUCUUCACCUCCGACUCGGCUCUCCUCGCUGACGCCGAGACAAGGGAGUAUGUUCUUCGUCAAGCAAAAACUAAGGGCUCCACUUUCUUGGAAGAUUUUGCUGAAUCCAUGGUGAAAAUGGGCAAGAUCGGCGUGCUCACAGGGAGCCAGGGUGAAGUGAGGAGAAGAUGUGCCUUUGUUAAUUAACUAUCAAUCAUUUGAUUUGGGGAAGAUUGGUUGGUUUGAUUUGUCUGUCUUAAUUUGGACAGGUGAUGAUGAUGGUGUGAUGACCCAUUUGUUUAUAA